GCCCGGUGCGGUUGAUUGGUCGGUAGGUCGGUUGUGGUGGUGGGUUGCGUACGAACGAAUUCGUUGACAAUCCUGGAAAUGAAAUUUGUUGGUCAAAGAACAAAAGGGAUUGAUUGUGACGGGUAAACGAAGGCGACGAGUGGAGAACGGAGAAAGGAGAGACGGAUUAGCAGCAGCAGCAGCACCGUAAUGUUUAGAGCGUGUGUGUACACCGGUGCGGCUCACUGAGUGAGUGAGAGAGAGCGGCACGAAGUUGGAGUGGGAGUGUCAGCGAAGUCCAGGAUCGGAAGAAAGUAAUGUAGGAAUGCGGGUCCCGUCGCUCUCCGUCUUAUCGCAAGCGGUGCAAAUCGGUGAAGAGCCUGCGAACCGGGCCACGACGCACAGGCAGACAAGCAUUAAAUGCGUCGUCGAAGGUGAUGACGAUGAAGCGGGGAGAUAAUCCGACCACAUCAUUCAGGAGCAAAUGGAGCGAAUCGAUUUAGUGAUAGCGGAACUCACAGUCGGACGAUAGCGCAAGGGAAGCUAGAGAGGAGGAGAGAGUAGUGAGAAAAAUAGAGACAGAGAGGUCGGCAUCACGAAUGCAGCAAAAGAGUAUCAGUGAUCACCAACUUCCUCACCACCAUCAUAGUAGAAAGGAUCAUGGCGAGUGCUGGUAUACAUCUCCCAGAGAUUGCCAAUUUACAUGGCUUUAGAUUAGUGUCUCUGGAAGAGAAAUCAGGCCCAGGUACCACCACCAGCUUGCCGAAGAAUCGACAACCACAUCUGGAGCCGUGUCGUCGUCAUUGGAUUCAUGUCAUCUUCGCCCUCCUCCUUUUGGUCCGUCACUCGUCUGCCCAGAACCGUGAGAUCGAUGGAGUACCUGAAGGAGGGAUAAUUUCUCCCGCUAUGAGACGAUUUCUCGCCGAUCCUACGAUUUCUCCCGCUUUGCAACUGGAUCGAGCUGUUCUUUUAGACUGGAGGGCGCAAUGGUUGGGCUACGCGGCUCAGAAUGUCAAUGCCACCGCUUGGCUGCAGAAAUGGAACGAGAAAGACCUGACUCCUUGCAAUUGGGAUGGAAUUACGUGUGAGAUGUUCGAGGAGCAGUUGCGCGUGACAGUCAUCAACUUCACAAGCAAACAGCUCAAGGGAGUUCUUCCUGCGACCGGGUACUCGAAUCUGACUGCCGUGCGAUCGCUCAUCAUAGCCAUCAACGACAUCAAUGGAACUAUUCCCAAGGACCUCGGGGAGAUGCCGAAUCUGCAAAUUCUGGACCUCGCGCAAAAUCGGCUGCAGGGAGGAAUCCCCGAUGAAUUCGGCGACUUGCUGGAGCACUUGGUGUCGCUGAAUGUGUCAGUGAACAAUAUCUCGCAGCCUCUGCCCGCAAUGCUCUUCUCGAGCUGCGCCAUUCUGCACACGCUCAAUUUCUCUCGCAACAUCAUCGGCGGGGGACUGCCGCACAUAGGCAAUUGCCACCAGCUGGAGUACAUCGACCUCUGGAAGAACCACAUGGUGGGUGCAAUUCCCAUCGAGCUGGGUCAGCUGCCGAGCUUGAAAAAGCUCGUUCUCUCGGAGAACUACAUCGGGGGUCCCAUCCCUCACCAGCUGUUCGAGAGCUGCAAGAGCCUGCAAAUCGUGCAGCUGGCGCGAAUGUUUCUGGACGGGCCCUUGCCUUUGGAGCUCUUCACAUGCCCGCUGCUGACGAUCGUCAACAUCCAGAGCAACAACUUGUCGGGCUCCCUCCCGCACGAAGUCGGCCAGCUCACGAAUCUCGUCACUCUCGCUCUGGGCAACAACAGCCUGGGCGGGCCCCUGCCGGAAGAGCUCGGAGCACUGGCCAAUUUGAAGUACGUGGAUUUCAGCCUGAACCAAUUCGAAGGCACCGUCCCGCCUGCCUACAGCGGGCUGCAAAGCCUCCGAUACCUCGCGCUGCAGGAGAACAGCCUGACGGGCCCGUUCCCCGACGUGCUGACUGGCCUCCCGCAGCUGCGCCUGCUGGACCUCAGCAACAACAAAAUGGUGGGGGACAUUCCUGCAGCCAUCUUCAAUGUCACCACGCUCACGUCGCUGCUGCUGGCAGUGAACAAUUUCACCGGCAGCAUUUCACCCGACGUGGGAAACCUGGUGAAUCUGCAAGUGCUGGACCUGUCGGCCAAUUCGCUCACGGGGAGCAUUCCGCCGACGAUAGGCAACCUGAAGCAGCUGUUGUGGCUGCAGCUCUCCAACAAUAAGUUCUCGGGCUCGCUGCCCGAGGAGAUGGGCAAUUGCAGCAGCCUGAUCUGGCUCAACCUCGGGUGGAACGAGUUCUCGGGGCCAAUUCCGGACUCGUUCGAGUUCAUCGGCAGCACGGCCUUGGCCACAUUCCGCUACAACUGGGUCAAUUUGCCACUGAUUCCUGCGGAGAUGGGUGAGUGCGGGGCGCUGGAGCGAUGGCUGCCGGGAGAUUACGCGCCCUACAGCUUCCUGGUCUCGGAUCUGGCUCAGCAGGGGCGCCAGUGCCGAGUGUGGUGGAACCUGCUGCUCAAGGGCCAGCUGCAUCCGGCGGAAUUGGACACGCCCCUGGCCUACAUGCAGCUCUCGUACAAUCGAUUCAGCGGCUCGCUGCCGAACCGAGUCGGCCAGCACGGAGAUUUCUCGAUUCUCUUCCUGGACCACAAUCAGUUCACGGGCCCAAUUCCGGACCUGCUCGACGAGCUGCCUCUUUACAAUGCCAAUUUCUCGCACAACCAUUUCAAUGGCACGGUGCCGGAGUCGCUGGGAUUCAUCAAGCAGCUGUUGAGUCUGGACCUGUCUUACAACGAUCUGAGUGGGAAGCUGCCCCCGAGCUUGGGCAAUUUGACAUUUCUGGACAGAUUCAACAUCUCGUACAAUAAUUUGUCGGGCCCCGUGCCGCUGGUGCACCAAUUCGCCACAUUCCCCUUCAGUGUCUAUGCAGGCAAUCCCGGCCUGUGCUACGACGGCAGCCCCUACGCCAGCACGUCGACCAAGUCGCAAAUUCUGCCGCUGUGCGGUGAGCUCGACUCGGGGCCGUCCUUGGGGCCGCGCUACCGCAGCGGCAAGGACGGGCUGAGCCCGGCCACCAUUCUGGGCAUCAGCAUCGUGAGCACUCUGCUGGUGCUGAUCGUGGUCGGAAUCGCCUGCUACGCAUCGACCCGCAGGACGUACGUGCGCAACGAGAAUGGCGCGACGUCCCCUGACUCGAGGUUCACCAAGGUGGGCAGGGACCGAUUCCACUCGAGCCGCGACUUGCUCAAGAUUCCCGUGUCGUCCUUCGGCACCGACUCGCUGCCCAAGGCGCUGGCCUAUGUCGAUCUGCUGGUGGCCACCAACAAUUUCGACGACGCCAACAUCAUCGGGGAUGGAGGAUUCGGGGUGGUGUACAAGGCCAAGCUCGAGGACGGGUCCGUGGUGGCCAUUAAGAAGCUGAUCCAAGACGGGGCGCAGGGCGAGCGCGAGUUCGCAGCCGAGAUGUUGACGCUGGGCAACAUCCGGCAUGACAAUCUCGUGACGCUGCUGGGCUAUUGCGCCAGCGAGCGCGAGAAGCUGCUGCUGUACAAGUGCAUGACCAAUGGCAGCCUGGACGAGUGGCUGCACGAACGCCCCGGCGGCAGAGAGGUGCUCAGCUGGUCGAAGCGGCUCAACAUUGCGGCUGGUGCUGCCCGAGGCCUGGCCUUCCUGCACCAUAGCUGCGCCCCGGUGAUCAUCCACCGCGACAUGAAGGCCAGCAACAUUCUGCUGGACGACGAUUACAAUGCCUGCGUGACGGAUUUCGGGCUGGCCCGGAGGAUGUAUGGGCAGGACACUCACGUGAGCACCAUCGUCGCGGGGACGCUGGGCUACGUCCCGCCCGAGUACAGCCAGACCUGGAGGUCGACCACCAAGGGCGAUGUGUACAGCUUCGGGGUGGUGCUGCUCGAGCUGAUCACUGGCAAGCGGCCCACGGGGAUCGAUUACGACGACGAGAGCGGAAUGUACACCGGGGGCAAUCUGGUGGAGUGGGUUCGCCAUCUGCUGGCCAACCGACGGCACGAGGAGGCCUACGAUCCCAUCAUCAAGAACUCCGGAGCGACGCAGGAGCUCUUCCAGUUUCUGAAGCUGGCCGUGGUGUGCACGGAGGACAUUCCUUCCAAUCGGCCGGCCAUGAACGAUGUCACGAGGGCGCUGGACCAAAUCCAGAUUUCGCACAACAUCCGCUCUCCGGCGGCGGCGUUCCUAUGAGCGUGGGGAGAGCUCGGAAGGCCUCUUCCACCAUGAUUGAUUCAAUUUUGCAGCUUUACAUUCAUGUCUUGGUCGCCCCUUUUUACAUAGAAUGAUCAGAUAGAGAGCUUCUCCACAAUUUGGGUGAGCUUGGGCCUAUUGCAACCAUACGUAGGAGCCUCUGCCUCUCGUCCCCAUCACCGCAUCCUCCCUGCCCCUUCCACCACUCCGCCAUUCAAUUCAGAGUCUCUCGCUGUGUGGUAUGCGAAAUUUCACGGUGAAGUCGGGCCAGUUGUUCCAUCAGCAUGCACAGAGCCCAAAAGCUUAGAUUGUUCCUAGAAGAUUGUACACUGAUAGCAAACCAAACCCACUGGGCUGAGUGCAAGUCUCCGGCACCCACCCCUUAACUGCACAUUGUAAAUCUUAUUCAUGUCACAUACAACAGAUCAUCAUCGUGUUCAAACAUUUGCAAUCUCAGAAAUCAAUCUGUGGGUUGGAUUCAUACUCUUCAAGGUCAGCAUCAUUAGUGGAGUCUCUGCUUCUUUGAGUACCUCAGGACUUGUUCAUUUGUCAUUAGGAGUCUCUCCUUUUCAUGAGAAUAGUGAUGUCUGUCUUCCUUCUUGCUUCCUCUGUUUGUCACUACACAAACGGAUACUAGGCAGUGACAGGAACUGACGGACCUAGCGGCAGGAUCAUGUGCACCGCUUCGAAUGUGAUCUUGUUCGGGUCAGUUCAUUUGCCUUCGACUGGGCGGUGUUGAAGUAUCAGCAGUGAAGGGGUCUGCGAGUCUCGUGAAUGUGGGCGGCUCCCCCAUCAAUUUCCAUCACGUGACACAAUAGAAUCAGGCAAAAGCUCCUCAGGCUCUCCUAUAAAAAUCUACAAACAUUUUACCGUUCAAAAGUAGUGGAGAGUGCAUCUCAAUUUCAGUGUUAUCUUUUAUCCUGCGUGUUUAUCCUGUUUGUCCUUUGAGUGGAGCCUCGAUCAUGUAAUUGAGGUUCCAUGGAACCUCAAUUCAUGCAUAGAUCCUUCCUGAUGAGCUAGUAGUUUGAAUGACUAACAAUCGAUGAGCGCUUACAGCCCAGAGAGUAGCCCUGUACGGUCAUUCGAACCUUGUGUCAAAAUUGAAUAAAACUUCAGUUCUAUGCCG